AUGUUACAAGGCUCAAAAUGUGUUCGGGGCGACGAGCUGCUGGUGCACAUGAUCAAGCUUCAGCGCAUAACGAGCAAGGUCACUGAUGUCCGUAUGCAACUAAGAGAUAACGACAGCGAACAAAACGAGACGAAAGGGCAAUUGCCCCCUCACCUGGCCACGAAUAAGAUGCUGGAAGCGAUGUCCCUGCACACAGAAAUCUGCAUCAAUGACCUUAUCUUUACGCGCCUUGGGCAUUCCCCUCUUCUAACUGAUACCAGCAGCAUGGAGGCCCUUCUUAAUUGCCUCAAUGCGGCGAAACGCGCAGUGGAUAUCAUGUUCAACUUCGAACCAACCGAGUAUACAUACUUCCCCUUCUUCCUGUGGAGACAAUUCCGAACCGUAAUUUUGACCCUCAUUCGACUCGCAUCCUUCGAAGAUCCGGCGUGGGACGUGAAGAUGGUUCGACGAACUGUAGACAUUACGUCUAUUCUUGACAGGACUGCUCAGAACCUGAGCAAUGUACAAACCAACGUUGAUGAUGGUAUUACUGACCACGAAAACGUGGUUUCGAAAUCAUUGGCCUGGGUGAAAAGAAUGAGGUCUUGCUUACUCGCAAUUUAUGGCCAGUCAACAGAUGCCCAGGCCCCAACCUCUGAACUUCAGAGCUCAAUGGGCAUAUCAGGUAUGGGAACGUUGCUACAUAGGCAGCCAUCCCAGGAAGAGGCUUCAACCAUAGACAUAUUUUCAUCACUCGAUCAUGAACUCUUUGGCGACGAUGUUUUUGGGUGGUGGCCGCCCUUAUAUUCGGAGAAUGGGCUAUAA